CAGGUAUGGGAGGUUUGUUUGUGGAAGUUAGAUCCGGUUUCCUCGGAGAAGAAAAUUCUACUAUCCUCGUCUAGAGUCACUCUUUUGACAAAUUUACCUGUACCGGAGAACGCCAAAGACGCUGGAGAUGCUCUAAAGAAAUAUGCAAAGUUAUAAGCUGUACGCCACGAGCACACAUACAAAUGAGUAUUCUCCAAGUUCAAACUAGUUAUGUCUUGUUCAUCUGGAGUUGAUUAAAAUUGUAGGUGAUUAUUAGAUCAAAGAAAUCAAAUGCUUUCCAAGCUAGUUAUACCGCACCAGGAUCGCUGUAUGUGGUGGACCAUGGACGGUUGAUUUCCAUUGCCCCUUACGUAUUGGGCUCUUCCAUGGUAUGGUUGGACAAAGUGUGAUACAUGUGGCGUCGUUCAUCGAGAUGUGACAUACCCUAUGCAGCGUCCAUCUAUGUGUUGCAAUUAGAGCUGACCAUAGACCAAGCCUCGGGCCUAAAUAAAAUUAUAUUUAUUUUUAAUCAAAUUUUCAUUCGAUCUAUUUAAAA